CACAGCCAGCCCAUCGCUUGAUUGACUUGAACGCCCUUUGCGAUGUGCGUGCACGCUUGUGUACCUAUAUAGGUAUUGCGCUGGCUGUCUAGUCGUUGCGGCCGGUGUGUCUGGCAAGGACCCGGCGGAUGGUUGUACAACUCAUUGUGAUUCACAUCACGACUUGCAGGGAGGAGGUCUGGCAGCGACUGAGACACCAGCGGCUAGCUUCAUCAAGUCCCGAUCGAGUAGGGUCAAAAAAAUCCUUCUUCCCUUCACAACAACAACAUCCAUCACUCACUCGCGUCUACGCCGCUGACAGAGAGGGGAACGGACCGGCACGGCACAGCGCUGUCCCGUCUAUUGGCUUUGUCGAGGCUUUGCUCCGAUUCCGGCGCGGUGCGGUGCGCGAUAGCUUAUCUGGCUACAUGGCUUGUCUGGCAUCGGAAUUCAGGGCUCGGCGAGGAGGUGAUGGAUGUUCAAAAGAUCUGCCAUCAUCAUCCGAGCUACUCUGAUAUCCGUCCGCAAGUGAUGUGUCAGGAGCAUUCGCGCGUGCCCACCACACGUCGCCUCAGCACCUUGCCACUGACGCACCUUUGUAGACACCAUUCCCCUCAGCCGUCAGCUGGCCAGGCCCGACA